CUACACUCAGAACCUCUCAUCUUUGUCUUUGCGGACAAACAUAGAAACAUAACAUUGUUCUCUCUUCUUCUUUCCAUAAUUCAACAAUUUUCAUUCAUACUCCUCCAAGUUUUGUUCUUUUUCUUAGUUUAGCAUAAUAACCAUGUCAUUAUCAUCUAUGUCUACUCACUCAUCUCUUUACUCUUCACUUUCAUUCCCAAAAAUAAACUCUAAGCAAAAUCCAACUUAUUUUUUUCCCACCACCAAGUUGUUUUCUUCAAGAAACCACUCUUUCUCAAACACCCUUUUGUCAAGGCCCUUCCUUUUUGUGGUUAAGGCUUCAACCGAUGCAUCCAAACAAGAGAGUGAAGGAGAUGAGGAACCAUAUGAAGAGUAUGAGGUAGAGAUUGAUCAACCUUAUGGAAUCAAAUUUGUUAAGGGAAGAGAUGGUGGAACUUACAUUGAUGCUAUUGCACCUGGAGGUUCAGCUGACAAAGCUGGAGUUUUCAAUGUUGGGGAUAAAGUUCUUGCCACUAGUGCUGUUUUUGGGACCGAAAUUUGGCCAGCUGCGGAAUACGGGAGGACAAUGUACACAAUUCGCCAACGAAUUGGCCCGUUACUCAUGAGAAUGCAGAAAAGAUAUGGAAAGAUAGAAACGGGUGGUGAGUUAACCGAAAAGGAGAUCAUCAGAGCUGAGAGAAACUCUGGUGUAGUUAGUAGCAGAGUGAGGGAAAUUCAAAUGCAAAACUACUUAAGGAAAAAAGAAAUGAAAGAGCUCCGAGAAAAGGAUUUGAGAGAAGGCUUGCGUCUAUACAAGAGUGCUAAAUAUGAGGAAGCACUAGAGAAGUUUGAGUCUGUUUUGGGAUCAAAGCCAGAACCUGAUGAAGCAGCAGUUGCAAGUUACAAUGUUGCUUGUUGUUACUCUAAGCUAAACCAGAUUCAAGCUGCACUUUCUUCACUUGAAGAAGCUUUGCUUUCUGGUUUUGAAGACUUCAAGAGAAUCAGAACUGAUCCUGACCUUGCUAACGCAAGGACGUCGGCAGAAUUCGAUCCGUUAUUGAAAAGAUUCGAUGAAUCGUUUAUCAAUGAGAGUGCUAUCAAUGCCAUCAAAUCUAUUUUUGGAAUAUUUGAUAAGAAAUAACCCUUUUGUGUGGAUACAAAAGAAUUGGCUGAGCAAUUUGAUUCCAUCACAUUUGAUUUCUCAAUGUAUAUUUUUGUUGUUAACUACAGGUCUCAUUUUUUGUCACUUCGGUGGGAUCUUGUUAUUAUACUCAUAUGUAAUAGUUUGAUAUAAGAAACUUAUUAUGAUCAAUAAAACUGUCCAUUUUCAACAACAA